AUGGUGGCGCGCGUGCCACCGAGCACCUGUCACACGCUAGGUGCGCGAAAACUGCGGCGCGAGUCGUGGAGGCUCACCGGCGAGCAAUGGCGCUGCUGUCUGGGCGACGCCUGGGCGGUGGCACCGCUCGGGUGCGUGGUCGCCGUGGUCACCAGCCGCAUGGAGUCGGCGGACGCGCUGCCGGAGAACGUGAAGUGCCAGAUGCGCAUAUUCAGAGGAGGCACCGGCUCACUCGUGACAUGCGUGCCGUGGCUGGUGCGGCUGGACACGCUAAUGGCGCUGCAGUGGACCGAUUCCAUGCUGCUCGCGGCGAUAUUCCGCAACUCAUGCGUGCGCGUGCUCUCCGCCAACGGCGACUUCAUGCACUACUUCCACCUGUUCUUCGCGGAGGAGGUGGCGCAGAGCUACACGAUCGACUCAUCGCUGGUGACGCUGUGCACCUGGGGUGGCGGCGCAGUCUACGUGAGCAAAGAGAAGGCGUGCCUCUACGUUCAGCGCGGAUUUGAGGGGCGGAACUGCGUGCACUUCCCGCUAGGCGACUACUCGCUGCGCAUCUCCGCCUUGGGGGUCCUGCCGCACGAAGACUGGCUGGAGUCGGUCGUCAUCGUGGCACGGGUGGACGGCGCGUGCCACGUCGUCAUGCGAGAGCUGCUCAAGUGCCGUGAUCACGAAGACUUUCAGCGCUGCGCCACGGAGAUAUCGCAUGUGGAGGGACUCGGCUUUGACGAGGUUGUGUUCUGCAGCCACGUGGCGCCGGGCUGUGAGGAGACGUAUUUCGCACUCCGCGACAGCUCCACCAAUACGGUGGUUUCGAUGUGCCAUAGGAAUGGCCGGGUUCAGGAGCUGUGGCGGACGGCGCUGGGUAAAUCGGGGGAUUUGUAUGUGGUAGGCUCGGGCGCAUUGGCGCUUGUCAGCGGUGACCGCAUCACAUUUCUUUAUCGCGAUGCGGACGCGGAUCAAGGUGCGAGCGGCAGUAUUGACAAGAACAAUUUCACUGUCAAGCCUCUGUGCGUGAGCUCGGAUGUAGGCGGCGGUUUGCGGGUAUUCACGGCCUCCAGCGGUGAGUUCUUCAAGCUGGUGUCACCGGCGGCCGAGACCGUAUUGACCUCCUACGCAUCAGAUCCGGCUUCUGUGCUGCUGCGGGCGUACGAGAUGUUCCAGAGCGGCGACGUCAAGGCAUGCGAGUCGCUGCGGUUGAUACGAGAUGACGUAAUGGACGCCGCUGCCACGUGCGUCACAGCGUCCCUGGAUUGCUGGGACAUCGACACCGCAUCCACGCUUCUGGACGCGGCGCUGUUCGGGCGCUCCAUGAACUCGGUGCAGGCAGAGCGUGACCAUGAUGCCGUCUCGCCUGGCCCUGCCGCUGAAAGUGUGUCGGCAGCGGCCUCCAUGGAUGGAUCGGUGGACUCUGAAAAAGGCAGACCGCAGAAAAACUAUGCCGCCCAUAGCAGUUCCAGAGGCAUUCGCGGUGCAAGUAGUACCGGUGUUGGUACAUCUGCUGGGGCUGCCGAAACGGCGGCGGAUGCAGCCGAUACCGCCAAUUCAACCGCAGGUGCCCGCCAAGGCCAUGUUGGUGCAGCGGAAGAUCAGCCUGUCCAGGGGCAUGCAACGGCGCUCGCUAUGAUCCGGGUAGCGAAGGCGUUACGAGCGGCUCCCAGCGAAAUCUGCACAAACCCAUCGCAGCUCCUGGCGUUCGGCUCACGCGCGCUUGUUGGCAUGCUGGCGGCGCUGCGGUUCCACCUCCUGGCGCUCAAGGUGGCCGACUUCCUGGGCGCUGACAAGAAGGACGUGCUGCUGCACUGGGUGCAUACGCGCGUUAAGCUGGGUAACCACAUGACCGAUGAGGAGCUGGUGGAGGUCAUAACCAAGCUUCUGGACGGAUACGCGGGCGUGGUGUUGCCGUACGCCGAUAUCGCCGAGGCCGCUGCGAAGGAGAAGCGCGAGACACUGGCGCUUGCCCUUUUGGACAGAGAACGCAGCACGCUGCGGAAGUUCAGCUCGCUCUGUUCCUGGGGUGAGCUCAACAAGGCGGCCUCUGUUGCGGCGGAGGCGUGCGAUACUUUGUACGCCGCGCAGCUCAUACACGAGGCGCAAGUAGGGUCCAAACUCGACCGCGUAGUGGAGAUAUCAAAUAGCAAUUCGUUCGUGCGUGAUGUCUUCAUCAAGCAGUGCAACCUGGAAGGGGACUCUGACGUGCUACAGGUGUUCCUAGAGCGCACCGACGACAUUGUGGGCGCCGGCAGGAACGCCGUGCGUCGGGCCCUGGAGAUACUGCAGCCGCGGGCUGCUGAGGCGCCAGAAUCCCGACCCAGGUCCGCCAUGCACCAGCUCGUUACGCACGCCGCUGCCCAGCAGAAUACGCAGUCCGAAGACUGUGUCACGUGGUUGAAGUAUUCCUCCGAUUUCUUCAGGGCGGUAGUUGCAUCCAAGAACAACCGCAGCCCCGGAGUGGUGGAAACGGCUGGGCUGUGGAACGAUUGUGUAUCGCAGCAGCGCGAACUGCUCACGGCGCAGGCGGCGCUGGAACGCUCGUCUCCCGAGCUUGCUAAAGCGGGGUUGGUAGGCAGGAGCCUCGUGCACACCGUGUUCACGCUGUACCGGCUCGACAUGGCCAAGAAGGCGGAGGCGCUGGCCUCCAAGUUCAGGAUGCCGUUCAACCAGCUGUGGCGCUGCCAACUCGCCGCCGCGCACGAGGUGCAGAACAUCAACGAGCUCCUGCGCAUGGCGAUGGACAAGAGCGCGCACUCGCAGUACGUCAUGCUCAAGAACGGCAAGGAGCCAGUCGACCUGGUGCUGGAGGCGCUGCUGUCGUUGGGGGCCACCAACGCCGUGGAGAGCGUAGUGGCGACCCUGCGAUCGCCGCACCAGCAGCGGUGGCGAAACCGCCUGAACUCGCGGUUGGGCGGCGGGGGAUCCGCAGAGUCGGAUAACCAGGCGCAGUCACUGUUCGCCAGCCUCUCCAAACGCAUUUGGAACUGA